AUGAAAGUAAAAGAUAUCUUAAUGUGUAUCUCGAUGAUACCACUAGUAUUAGCCACAAAUAAUUCUCCAUUAGAACCAAUAGUGGAAGAUGAUAAUACAAAUGCUGGAUACGUUCAUAUGACAUUUGAUAAGACAUAUGGCGAUUCAUAUGAAAGUUCUUCUAAACAUCGCACAAACAUUCAUCGACUCUAUAGGCGUGAUGGUAGUAAUGAUUAUGAAAAUUUAACUCUGGUUAAUCAGUAUAGUUUUUAUUCGUUAACGUUAGGAAUUGGUUCAAAUUCUCAGAAUGUUACAGUGUUGGUCGACACUGGAUCUUCCGAUUUAUGGAUCAUGGGUAACAAUAACCCAUAUUGUAUCAAUACUACUGAUUCAUCUAAUCAGAAUAGUAAAUGGUACAAGUCUCAUAAUAUAGAUGACAGUGAUAAAAUUAAUUGUACACAAUAUGGUACUUUUGAUUCAUCCAGUUCCAAAUCGUUCAAAUCCAAUAGUACUUCAUUUUCAAUCCUCUAUGGCGAUACAACUAGAUCUAGUGGCAUAUGGGGCCAUGAUGACGUUACAUUAGAAGGUACAAAUGUCACAAUACCAAAUCUGUCGUUCGGUGUUUCCAACUUAUCGAAUUCCUCUGUUGGUGUAUUAGGUAUUGGAUAUCCUCAAUUAGAAGUCACCUACAGUGGUGGUAAAGGCAAUUCACAAAAAUCAUCAUAUAUGUAUAACAAUUUUCCUAUGCAAUUAAAAGAACAAGGAAACAUCUCGAGUAAUGUAUAUUCGUUAUAUUUGGGGGAUUCAUCCAGCCAUUCAUCUAUGGGGAAUAUAUUAUUUGGUGCAGUUGAUCAUUCCCGUUAUGAUGGUCAAUUAUUUACAGUUCCAAUCAUCAACACCAUGGAACAAUAUGGUUAUAAUACACCUAUUCAAUUUGAUAUUACUAUGAAUGGUGUUGGUUUAACUAUUGGUCAGAAUGAAACCACAAUGACAGAAACCAAAAUUCCUGCAUUAUUAGAUUCUGGUACAUCAUUAAUCUACUUACCAAGACCAUUAGUUGAAGGAAUUGCUAACUCGAUCAAUGCUACAUACCAGGAGAAAUAUGGGUAUACUGUUCCAUGUAGCAUAUCUAAUCCGACACCAUUCAACGAUACAGAAUUAGUAUUUAAUUUCAAUGGAGUACUAUUUCAUACGGAUAUAAACAAUUUCUUAUUGCAAAUUAGUUCUGACACGUGUCUGUUAGGGAUAAAUCCGACACCUGAUAAUUCUACAUUGAGUGCAGUAUUAGGAGACUUAUUUUUAUCAAAUGCAUACAUAGUAUAUGAUUUAGAUAAUUAUGAGAUUUCUUUAGCACCAGCUAAAUUUAAUAUAACGAAGGAAGAAUCUAAGAUCGAAGUAAUUAAAAACAAUGGAAGCAUACCAAGUGCUACAAAAGCACCAGGAUAUGAUAAUACGUGGUCCAUCUCCGAAACAUAUUCUACAGGAGGUAAUAUAUUUACAUUAACUAUUGACACUACAACCAAACAUAACAAUGAUACUUCUAAAACUUCUUCAAUAAGUACCAAAUCUACUACAAGUGCUAAAUCCACUGUGACAGUGGUAGCAAGUCGGACUGUCACGAUAACACCUACUGUGACAACCACAUCAUCAUCUCAAAGUACUGAUAGCAGCAGUAGCAGCAGUAGCAGUAGCAGCAGCAAGACUAGCAAGACUAGCAAGAAAAAGAAGGGAAAGAAUCAAAAAAAAACAAGCAGCAGUAGCAGCAGCAGCAGCGUUGCUUCUAAUCAAGAUAGAGUUAUAGCGACUACACAAUCUGCAAUUGCAAAGAGACAAUUACAAUCUAAGAUCGAUACCACCAUUAUUAAUCAUAAUGAUGCUAUGACAACACUUCAUCAAUUAUCUUCAACCACCCUCGCCAUCUCUGCAUUAUUAUUCACAUUACUUCUAUAG